AUGUCUCGUCUUGGAUUUGGAAUCGUUCUCGGCCUCGUCAGCCUUACCGGUAGCCUGGUGCUUGGCUUGACUUCCGAAGAGACAUUCUACCCUCCCACAUUGAACGACACUGCAUACAUUAGCAAUAGCUCAAUUGGCACAUAUGGGGGUAUCUACCAAGCGGAUACCACUGGACCGGCUGUGGGGUCGCCUUACGGAACUUAUGAUUAUUGUUCCAUGCCUCAUCCUCGUGGGCAAGAGUAUGAGCUUCCCGAAGCCCUAAGCAAAGGCCACGUUCAAGGAAAGCUUGUGUACCUUGAGUACUUGCAGCGUCAUCAAAGGCGCUCUCCGUACAAUAUCUUGCCUGGUGGAGAGAAUGAAGCAUAUGAUUGCGACAAUGUCAGACCCUAUCUCUACGCUGGCGCAGCCUCUUCUUCCAGCAUCCAGCCAAUCCCCAUGUAUGCGCAGACAUACCAAGACCCCACAAACCCAUUCACACCUGGUGUGAACGGUUCCUGUCAAUAUCCCCAAAUCACCGUUGGUGGUGUUCAAGAUGGCUUCCAGCACGGCAAGGACCUCUGGGCCGUCUACGGCAAGAAACUCGGCCUGAUUCCCACGCAGCCGACUGACCGCACCUGGUUCAGAUCUAGUGAAUCUCCACUUACACAGGGAAGUGCCGGCGCGGUUUUGCGUGGCGUCUGGCCUUCCUACCAAGGUGCACUGCCUUUGCAUCAGAUGGUUUCUAGCGUUGAUACCGUGAAUGACGGUUAUUCCUGUUCAGCUAUCGGCGGCACUCUCAACGCGCUGAAGUCAACAGCUGAGUGGAACGACCACCUUGCUGUCACCCAGGAACUGCGCUCAACUCUGGGCUCAAUGCUGGGUGCUACUAGCGGCUCCUGGCAAAGCACUUUUGACCACUUCGCAGACAACUUUCAGGCCCGUCUCUGCAACGGCUACAAGCUGCCCUGUAGUCUGACCAACUCUUCCAACUGCGUCACCAUGGAAAUGGCCCAGCAAGUCUUCCGUGCCGGCGACUGGGAAUGGAACUACUACUGGCGCACCAACCCGGAUGUCGUCAAAUACAUCCAGGUUGUUCAGGGCUUGUUCAUUGGAGAGAUUGUUGCUCACCUUCAAGCUGUUCUCGAUGGUAAAUCGUCUCUUGAUUAUACCCAUAUCUUCGUUCAUGACGGUGAUAUCGGUCCUGUUUUGGGUGCGCUUGGUAUUGAUGCGCUGCGAUGGCCUGCUAUAGCGUCUAAUAUUGCUUUUGAAGUUUGGGACACGAAUGAUAAAUCAAACCGUUACUAUGCCCGAGUCUUGUACAGCGGCUGGGCGCUCAAGACGAUUCACGGCACCCUUGACUGGGUUCCUCUUGCUGACCUCAUCGGCAUCAUGAGUCCUUAUGUUCCCAGGGACAUUGUCUCUUUGUGUAGAUAA